AUGAAGCGUUCUUUUUCUUUCUCAAGUCAAAAAAAGGAAAUUGAAACUGAGGAGGAUUUUUCGGAAGCGUUUGAAGUAGUUCUUGAUCUCAAACAGAACACGUUAAAGAAUGAACCGGAUAUUAAUAAUUUAGAGUCUACAAAUUUACGAGAAAGAACCCAUGCGCUUAAACUUCUAAUUAAUGCAUUUCCAAACUUGAAUCAAGAUGCAAGAAGUAAUCUAUUCGAAAUUCUUACAACACAGAUAGCCGCCGAAAAAGACAAAGAUGCUAAAUGUCUCAUAGUAAUGCUGUUUGAAAAAUUAGCGCUCGAUUCUGCUUGUGACUGUCGAUUGAUUAUUAGCACGUUGCUGGGUCAAGUGCAGACCGAUUCGACAAAAUUAAAAUGUCAAAUAUUUAAUUCGAUAAUGGCAAUCCUAAAGAUUAAGCAAUUAGAACAACAACAGCUCGGCUCAAAUUCUUUUCUGGACACCAUUCAUCAACUUUCUAUUCUUGCAAUCGAAGAAUUGUCAUCCUCACAUCACCGCAUAAGAACCAUUUCACUUCGAUUGUUGGCUACACUAUCACCGAUCAUUACACGAAUUAAACGCGAUUUUAAUAGCAAGAAUUUGUCAGAUUCCACAAUCCUGGAAUUUUUGACCGACGAUCAAAUUCAAACAAUCAUUCAUAAUUUUGUACGCGACCCAGAUCCUAGAGUUCGUCACAUUGCUCUGACGAUGCUUGUUGAGCUACAUCAUCGGGGAUCUAUACUCGAUCUAAAAUGGUAUCAAUUGUCAAUCAAUUGUUUGAAGGAUGAUUAUGAACAAGUUCGAUCCGCGGCAUUGAGUCUUGUGUGGGUAUUAAGUGGUCUAUAUCCUAAUGAAAAGAUUCCACUCGGCAACGGGACUAAAGAAAGUAUUUUAUUAGUAAACGAUGCUUUUAUCAAAAUUUGUGACAUGAUUAGUGAUGGCUCGGUGAAAAUUAGAAGUAAAGCUUGCGCAAACUUGGGUAGCUGCCGGGAUGUUAGUGAAGCGAUUCUUUUGCAAACAUUUAGUAAGGAAAUAAUGUCUCAUUUGAAACGUAAAAAUCCAAUUAAAUCAGGUGGUGGUGGCAGCAAAAGCAAGAAACAAAGGCAAUUGCCAAAACCCGAUGGAGAUUUCGAUGUUGAAUCAGAUGAAUUUCGGUUACUUGAUUCUGGUGCAUGUGGAGCUUUUAUUCGUGGUUUAGAGGAUGAAUAUCAAGAAGUGAGAAAUGCUUCUAUUGACUCUAUAUGCAAAUUAUGUAUGUAUAGCACAAAGUUUUCUGAACGUGCUAAAGAUUUUCUUGUUGACAUGUUUCACGAUGAAAUCGAUUCCGUUCGUUUAAAUGCCAUAAAUAGUCUUCAGAAAAUUGGAACAUGUACAAAAAUUACUUUAGACUAUGAACAAUUGCAGAAUACUCUCGAUGUUUUGGGAGACUCCAAUUCAAAAAUUCGGGAAGCAACUCGUGGAAUGUUGAGUGUCAUUAAACUCUUGAAUUCUGAAUCUGCCGCUAAAUUUAUAGAAGGCCUGAUGAAAAAUAUGGAUAGAUACCCUGAUGAUCAAUUAUCUAUUUUCCGUUGUUUUGUUCAAUUUGCAAGAAUCAACGGAGAUUAUAUCGAAAAAUUUAUUCCGAGAUUUUUUAAUUUGGAACCUUACAUCAAACCAAAAGAGAUUUAUCUCGAAUCUCCCCAGCACAUUGGGCACCUAAUUAUAGCAUUUAACGCUUCGCCUAAAAAUGAGAAAAUAUUAAAGAAGUUGCCAGACUAUUCGUUUAGACAAUACGUUUAUCUUCGAGAAAAAUUUCCGGAUUGCUUUCCCGAUAUCAAAAUUCUUCAGGAAGGCGAUUUAACUCAAUCACUAACAAUGGACGGCGUUGAAGAAGGUGAAAUAUUGGAUUCUAUCCUCAUUGAAGAAAAAGAUGAAAUAUUGGAGUCUAGCAUCAUUAAAGAAAAAACAGUCGGUAUGAUUGAGAAAGGUAAACUCGAUAUGCAUAAAUUUAUAGAACAAACUUUGGGUGCUUUUGUAAAUCUAAGUUUUCUGAUGAAAGCUAAUAAUUGGAAGGGUGCAUUGUCGAUUGUGGGUGUUUGCUCAAAGGAUUUGAUAUACAUCGCACGAACAAUAUCAUCACUAUCUGGAAAAGCAGAAUUUGCAAUUUUAUACCUUGAAUGUUUACAGACAAUAAUUGAAAUUAAAAAAAGUUUUCAUCAAAACCAUUUUUCUGAUAAGGCAGUAAAACAUGCAGCAAAUUUGAUAACUUUGUCAUAUGCGAUGGAAAACAAUUUCCUUGGAGUCACGGACAGAGCUCGACAUUUCACAAUAAAUCUUCGUGUUAUCGCCAACAUUAUAUGGAUAAUUGGAGUCUCAAAACCAACCUACCUUAGUGAUUCUUCACCAUCUGCCAUCAAGAAUCUAAUCCAAUUACUUAGUCGCCGAGUUCAAAUUGUUCAAGAAAAAUUUAAAAAUGAGGAUUUUUUCUAUGCAAGUCUCGUUGAUCUCUGUGAAUUAUUACAAAAAAUCACACUCGAAGACGGUUUGACCACCUCAAAUAUUAUUCCGAUUUUUGAUUUCGUGGAGAAUUUUACACUUUACGAUAUUGAUCUCCGAAAUAUGGUGAAAAGAUGUGAAGCGAAAUUAAUCAAACAGACAACUUCAAAUAAAGUGUUUGUCGCGGGAUUUCCGCUACGGGUAUUUAUUGAAGCGGAAAUUUCCAAUAUCACGGAUACUAGAUCAGUAGGGAUACAAGUCACGUUGCCAGAUAAAAAAGUACACCAUUUUUGGCCACCGUCAUCCCAUUUCGUGAUAACAAGACCUUUUCAGUAUCAAUUGCGAACACACGUAGAAAUAUCUCAAUCGCCUUGGACCGAUGCAUGUAAUAUUCUUGUUGAGAUUGUUAGAUCUUUUGAUCCUGAUCUCCCUGAGCUUGAUCGAUAUAUCGUGUGUCAGGCUAAUAAUAGACAUGGUAAUAAUAUAGCUGUUGUUGGACUAUAUAAUUCGGCUAAUACCGUUUCACUUUCUAAAGAGCCGUUAAAACUUUCUAUAUGGCCCAAGGAGCCGAGAUUCAAAUUUUCAUUGAAUUCUGAAAACAGUAAUCCCAGUAUGCUUUAG